GUCGUAAUAGACAGAAUGAUUUUCCGUACGCUUAGUGCAUUCAGUGUAAUACUUGGACUGUGUUCGGCGGAAAAAUUGAAUCUUCCUGUGCCAACCUGCAAACGCGAUGCAGCCAACUACACUUCCUGCUUAAAACAUGUAAUUAAUGAAGUAUGGCCACUUAUCGUAAAAGGCCUCCCUGAAUUUGACUUUCCACCUUUGGAUCCAUACUUUCUCGAACAUGAACGCGAGAUAAUUGAUAGUGGCGAACUACAUGCAGAAGUAACUGUUUCAAAUGCAACUAUUAAAGGUUAUGAAAUGAUACGUUUCAGGGAUGUGAGACCGCACUCUCUCAAUGAAAUUUUUCGUUUGGAGGUCAAUAUGCGUAUAUCAAGAAUGUUAAUAGAUGGUAUCUGCGAAGCUUACGGGAAUUUAGGCCCGUUCAGAAUAGGCGGCAAAGGUACAUAA